AGUAGGAGUAGUGGUAGUAGUAGUAGUAGUAGUAGUAGUAGUAGUAGUAGUAGUAGUAGUAGUAGUAGUAGUAGUAGUAGUAGUAGUAGUAGUAGUAGUAGUAGUAGUAGUAGUAGUAGUAGUAGUAGUAGUAGUAGUAGUAGUAGUAGUAGUAGUAGGAGUAGGAGGAGUAGUAGUAGUAGUAGUAGUAGUAGUAGUAGUAGUAGUAGUAGUAGUAGUAGUAGUAGUAGUAGUAGUAGUAGUAGUAGUAGUAGUAGUAGUAGUACUAGUAGUAGUAGUAGUAGUAGUAGUAGUAGUAGUAGUAGUAGUAGUAGUAGUAGUAGUAGUAGUAGUAGUAGUAGUAGUAGUAGUAGUAGUAGUAGUAGUAGUAGUAGUAGUAGUAGUAGUAGUAGUAGUAGUAGUAGUAGUAGUAGUAGUAGUAGUAGUAGUAGUAGUAGUAGUAGUAGUAGUAGUAGUAGUAGUAGUAGUAGUAGUAGUAGUAGUAGUAGUAGUAGUAGUAGAGAGGUAGGAGUAGUUAGUAGUAGUAGUAGUAGUAGUAGUAGUAGUAGUAGUAGUAGUAGUAGUAGUAGUAGUAGUAGUAGUAGUAGUAGUAGUAGUAGUAGUAGUAGUAGUAGUAGUAGUAGUAGUAGUAGUAGUAGUAGUAGUAGUAGUAGUAGUAGUAGUAGUAGUAGUAGUAGUAGUAGUAGUAGUAGUAGUAGUAGUAGUAGUACUGUCUCGUCCACUUUAUGUUCCAAAUGA